UUAACGCCAUGAGAAAUCCUACUUCUAGAUGCAAGCCACUCUCUCUCUCACGAGCUCACAUUCAAGCUCGUGCAUCCCAUGAAGCCGAGAAUAGAGGAAUUUUGAAUUUUAAAGCAUCUGACGGGUGGUUUCGCAAUUGGAGGAAGCGUUGCUCUAUCGGGCCUAGUGUUCGUCUUUUUGGAGAGGCUGGAGACGUUAACCUCACUGAAUUGGAACCUCUCAUUAAGGCGAUUCGUGACAAAUUGGUAUGCUAUAGAGCAUCUCAUGUCUUUAACAUGGACGAAACGGGCUUGUUUUUUCGUGCUUUACCGACACGUACGUACGUAAGCAGUGAGGAAGGAUGUCGAAAAUCCAUCAGGGGUACAAAGGCUCUUCGAGCAAAAGACAGACUUACGCUCGUUUUGUGCGUAAACGCGACAGGCUGUUGCAAAAUUGACCCCCUUUUGGUUGGAAGUUCCAAACAUCCCCACUGCUUUCGUGAUCAACCUUCUCCAAUCCCUUAUGUAUCGCAAAAGAAUGCUUGGGUUGAUCGUGAUGUCUACAAGGGUUGGUGGAAUAAUGUAUUUUUGCCUUCCGUACGCAAAUUUACCAACGAGCCAGUUGCUCUUUUAAUGGACAACUGCUCUGGGCACGACCCAACUUGCCUUGACCCAAACGGACAGGUCGAAAUCAUGUUUUUCCCGCCGAAUUGCACCUCAGUUUAUCAACCCCUUGAUCAGGGAAUAAUUUCUGCCUUGAAGACUCUCUACAAAAAGGAAAUGUUAACCAGAUAUAUUGAUGCGUACGAAAAAUUUGACGAGCUUCAAGAAUUAGCAAAAAAGGCCAAGCAGGGAAGAAAAGGUCUCCAAUUCGGUCUCUCGGCUAAUGUUUUAGAUGCUGGACAAAUUGUUAAGAAGUGCUGGGAGUGCCUGGAGAGUACAACUAUUUCUGCGUGUUUUAUCCAUUCUCGUUGUCUUCCGCACCUUCCAGAUGAAAUUGGUUUUGGUGAAGCACGCGAUUACAGGACACAGCUACAGCGACGUACCAUUACUGAUAUCUGCGACAUUUUUUCGAACUUUUCAAUUGAGCCAUGCAAUUUGAAUAAGCUUGAGUCUCUGGGUCUAGGGGAGUUGACCGAAAUAAUCCAUAAGGAGGGUGCAUCAUCAGGAGCUGGUUUGAUUGAAAGAUGGUUGCAUCUUGAAGCUGACCCAGAAGUUGUUGCAGCUCAGGAAGUUGAAUGUUUUAAUGAAGUCAGUGACAAUUUUGACCGGUCCAUUUCGAAUGAAGCGGAAGCGGAAGCGGAAGCUUCUUCGUUAAUGAACGUAGAACCCCCUCCUUCACCCCCUAAUCCAGUUUCAGUUAAUAGCAUUGCAAAUUUAUCAGACGAAACAAUUAAAAGUAUGUUAUUAAAGUAUUGUGUUGCUGCUAUAGAAAAAAAUAUUGAAGAUCCCGUGUUAUUAGGAUUAGCUCAGGGCAUCAGAUCCCAUUUAACUAAGUGAUAUGAUUUUGACUAAGUCUUUUCGUUAAAUUUUAUCUUUUUUAAAUUACCUUUAUGACUAUAACUCUUUUUGUGUCGUUUUGUUUUGUUUUUUCCAAUUUGUUAAUCGAGUUUGUACAAUAAACUGCCAUUUUUUUUACUGGU